UGAGGAGAAAAGGGUGCCCAUGAUGGCAUUGUCACAAUUCUGUCUUUUCCUCUUGACGCGUGUUUUGGCCUUCUCUCCGAGAUCUUGUCAACCAUUGUUCCCGCGUUUUGAAACGGCAUUUUUCACCAUGUCACUCCGUACUCGUAUUGCAGCUUUGUUCCUCUUUCUUGCGCUCUCUUCUGCUUUUUGUCCUUUCUCUGUUCUUGGCCAAAAAACAGAGGACGUCGAUCAAAAAGAAGAGGGCUUUGAGAUCGCGUCAACAAAGGCUCAUGAGGAAGCUGAAGAGGCACAGAUUUCCAUUACGAGACCGGGCGGCUCUUCGUCUAUUUGGGAUAACCCGCCUGAAUCUCAUCGGGAUCUCUGGAGGUGGUGCACUACUCAGCCGUCUCUGAUAGAGGACUUCGAUAUCUUGCUCGACCCAUAUCCACUUCGCCCGGGUAGAAAUUUCAAUUUGCAUUUAAGAGGCAUCCUCAAGGAGGCGCUUCCAGACCUGCAGCUGCGGACUCUCAUUGUCCUAAGCCGUUUUAUUAGAAUCUCACACACGAGAAAUCUCUGCGCUGAGAAUCCUGGUCUCUGUCCUCUGCAGCCCGGCUACCAGGAGCUAACCAUCACAUAUGCGAUCCCUCCCGUGAUCCCUGGGCCUAUCACCGUCGAUGCGACCAUGAUAGUUGGAUCGAAAGAGAUUGCCUGCGCACGAAUGGGACCUCUUCAAAUCUCCGCCUCUGGUUUGGGUUUCUAAGCCCGCCGUAGAGGAGCACUGGGGUUCACGAAAUCGGAGGCCUGUUGUUUGUGCUUUGGAGGGGCAGAGUGAAUUUUUGUUGUUUUGGACCUAGAAAAAUAAUGUUUUGCUGUAGGUUUUGACUGUGAAUGUGGGACCCCACGCUUGCUGCGCACGACCUUGUCUUCGGCAGCAACUGCAAUUUCCCCCAUCAAUUUCUUCUGCGUUUGCCUUCCCGUCGGGCUCUGGGGUCUCGGGGAAGGGUGCGAAGAAGACAUGUGUCUCUUCGACGCAGACUGUCGGGACCCCUCUCAUUUUCCUCGUCCGUCAGAGAGGCUACCACCCAAAUGGAGAACAGAAACAACACACGUAGACGCCUUGCUACGGUGGCCGGAACGUUCGGCUUUAGUGUAGGGA